UCGAAGUUUACUUUGACGGUCAUCGCUGAACUGGUUUUCUCUCUCUCUUCGUUUUGUUUGGAAUUCCUUUGGUUUCUACUUCUUCAUUGUUUAAUCAGAAUGACAGAAAAUUGGGGUUUUUGCUGGAUUGUUUGCAGUUCCAUAUUUGCUCCAUUAAAAUAAUCACAUGCUUGAAAGAUUUUACUUCAUCAUUUUCUGCACAAGAAUGGGUUGGAUUUUUCACAGGGCAGGAAACCAGAUGAAGUGUUGGUAGCUUAUGGAUUCAAUGUCAUCAGUAUCAACAGUUUCGUCAAGAUGAUGGCUUUACGGGAUGUCAGCAUGAUUAGAAAGUUAAACCAUCUGGUGGAAGUUCUGAAGUUUAUGCUUUGAUAGUUCUGCAGUUUAUCAUUCUCGUACUACUCUUCCUACUUUUCUUUUCUUUUUUCUCAACCCUUUACCCUUCUUUUCUGGAAAAUCUCCAGUUAUGCCAUCGGUGUUAAUACUUCUUCUUUUUUUCUCCUUAAAUUAGCUGUUUUCUGGCCAUCCAUAAUGUUGUCACAAAUAGUUUCUUGAAAGUCCUACAACAUCAUCUCAAACAAUUCGGAAACCUUGGCUAUCCGGUUACUCAGAAACCACGAGGCACACAAGUGUCAGCCUUCAAGCUAUCACAAAGUUGGAGUUUGUGCCGGUAGUUGGAGAUGUGGUGCUUUCGGUGGGGAUCCUCAAGUUAAAGUGAAGUCUCAUGAGUAGACUUUUGUUAUAUCUUCAUAACAAUUUCAUGAGUAGGUUUUUGUUAUGCGCUAUCAGAUACAUGAUCCCCGUACCUCCUUUACUCACUGGGGGAGCAAAAAGUAGUUACCUUUAGCCCGGCCUUCCUUAUUAAUUAUUGAUAAGGAAACUUAUGUAGAGUGUUGCUGCCUUCCAAUAAAAGUCUUCUCAUUUCUUCUGGCUGACCUGGGACUUUUCCUGGAAUUCGGAAAAGACAUCAAACAGGUCCUUAAAUAACAUACAUAUUUCAAACAUACUCGGUCUGCUUCAUCUCAAGCAUCUUGAGAGGAAUGGCUGCAUCAGCAGAGACACUAGCUCAUGACAAGCCUAACCCAGCCGAAGACUGGACAGUCGUAUUGCCUCGGCGUGGGAAACAGAAAAGGAAUUUUCAUAAAGUUAUCAUCCACGAACGGAAAGAGGAAGAGGAAAUGUGGACUCCGGCAGAUAUCGAGACCAAUCCAGAGAGAGAAUCUAAAUUGAUGCAGAAGAUGCAAAACUGCAUAAAGAAACUUGAGAGCUCCUCCUUCUGGUUGACAUUUUCUGAUCAGUUACAAACCCCUGAAAUACUGGAUCAGGUUCUAAAAGCUGUGUGCUCAAGAGGAAAGAUGUCGAUGGUAAUAUAUGGAAUUGGUAGCAUAGAAUCAUAUGAGCCUCCUAGAUUACAGCUUAGUCUUGCAAUUUUAAUGAAAAGAAUGUUUAACUGGAUUGGAGAGGUAGAGGUAUUUGAUCCAGUGAUCUCUCUGGCAGAAUCUAACGUACUGGCAGCUCUUGGCUGUUCUGUCCUAACAGUAAAUGAACAGGGUCGACGGCAAGCUUUAAAACCUAUGAUGUUCUUCAUGCCACAUUGUGAAGCUGAACUGUAUGACAAUCUUCUGGAGGCAAAUUGGAGGCCUGAUCUAUUGAGUAAUAUUAUAUUGUUUGGAAACAGUUUCGAGGCAUAUGAGCAACACUUGUCAGUGUGCAAAAACCUUACUCUUGCUGAUUCUAGGAAGCAUAUCCUGGCAAUCAGGCAGUUCGUAAAAGAGCAUGCAAUCAACUCUUUUUCAGAUGAUUUUUUUCGAGCGUUCCAUGGUUCGAGUUGGCAUUUUUUUAAUAUUGAUCCUCAUACAGAUUUAUCUGAUGCUAAACUAUGAAUAUCAAAUUUGUAUUAAAAUGUAGGAAAAUUCUCUUCUUCACCUUUUGUUUUCUGGAAUUAAAGCCUGCUGUUAAGCUCAACAUUUUUUUGGUUA